AUGGGAGCUGACAGAAUGGCGUACAAACAGUCCAAACUAGCCAAAAUGGCCGUCUGGCUGAGAAGCUUCUGUCGCCGUGUCCACUAUGUUCCGCUACAGCUGCUUCUGCCGCUGCUGAUUGUGGUCGGGUUCGUCACCUACAGGAGCCUCAGCGUGGUAGAAGAGGUCAAGGUCGAGUGGAGCGACCAAAGAGAGGAGGCGUUGAGGAAGUACAACGCUAAGGAGGUAGAUCUCAAUUUUAUCCGUGCUGCUGGAUUCGUGGACCACAAAAUUGAGGAUCUAACCGACGAAGACAUAAAUUCUAUGAAUGAGACGCAGCUCAUGGUGACCCUCCACAGCUAUUUGGACAAUGCCGACAUCGUUUGUAGUCGGCGCAUCAGGAUGGGUUCCUUGAAUGACGACGGCUGGGAAGUGUGUGAUGAUGAGGUCUACUCGUUCAGUAAUCAAGACUCGUCUGCUUUUGAAUACGACAUGGCGCGGGUGUAUAAAUGUGGCGUCCAUUCCUUCCAGCCUUACUACACCGGAAAAGAUUACAACAGAACUGACAAGAUCUUCAUUCAUCCUUUUGGUAUAGGACGUUAUUCUGAGAUUACACCGGAAGGGAACGAGCUCUAUACCAUAGGGGACAUUCGGACUAUCCUUGGUCAUGCAAAGAGAAAUGUCGACCUCAUCAAAAUGGACAUAGAGGGUGCGGAGUGGUCAGUACUCUACGGCAUGCUUAGUAAUGACGAGCUGGAUAACGUAAAACAGCUACUAGUGGAAUGUCACGUGGGGUACCCAUCUAAUGAGGAUCGCAUGCGACGAUCCAUCAGGGUCCUCCGAAGCCUCAGCGAAAUAGGGUUCCGAAAAUUUUACGUGUAUAAAAACCCCAGGGGAUCCUUUCACCACCCCAAUUUCCCCGUCAUGAGAGCAAAGAAUUAUGAAAUUCAUUUUCUCAACUCCAGAUUUCUGAAGAAAGCCACGUCAAAUAAAAAUUCAGAAGAUAAGUAG